AUGAAGAAACUAUUAUUUGCUUCUGGGAUUCUCAUAGUAAAGGCCUUUAAAAGGCUUCAUGGGUCCGGCCACCACAAGUCAGGCCUAAUGAAUCUGAAGAAGCACCAUCAUCUAAACCUGAAGCGAUCAAACCUCUCUUUAUCUAGUAAUGCCAAGGACAAAGACAAAGAUAAUGGUAAUGGUAGUGGUAAUAGUGAUGAAGAGGGUAAAAAGGAGGGUAGCGAAUCCGGUGGAAAGGGAAAAGGAAAAAAGAAAGGCGAUGGUGAGAACAAGAAAGAUGGCAAAGAAAAAGAUAAAAAGAAAGAAUCCGAAGAUGAUAAAGAUGGUGAUAAGUCGGAAAAGUCUAGUUCCUCUCUCACCAAGCACUCUUCCAAUCUCAGUGCACCCAGCAAUGACGGCAAGGGUAAGCCCACGACGACAACUAGUCCCACCAGUGAUGAUGCUGAUAAUUCUGAAAAAAAACAAAAGGAAAGUGCUGAAAAAAGAAAUUCCACCAAAGGAUCUCCAAAAGGAAAUAAAAAGGAAGCUAAGGACGCCGUGACUCUUGGAUCUGACUCUAAGAAUGGUAGUGCUAACUCUGGAGCGAAAAAGUCUAGCAUCAAUGAAAGCAGUAAUCUCCUUGAUUCCGAACUUGAUAGUGAUCAAAGCGUAGACAAUGGAUCGUCUUAA